AUGGCAAUGAGAAGCUGCCAGCCUCGGGUUGGCCGACAGCACUUGGCGAACAGGAUUUCUGCGGCCGGGGUCCAGAAUCAUGGGGAAUCAUGGCCAAAGGCGGCUACUCAAGUGGCUGAAAAGCACUCAAUACCUCAGGACUCAAUCCCCCAUGGAACGCACGGGGUUUCCUCGCUGGUUCUCAGACUGGUGGGAGGCAAUUACUUGCAUCCCAUUGUCAAGAUCGAGGAUGGAUUGCUUCGGGGAAAGCAGCUGGAGGUGGAAGGAAGUCCCAGGACAGUGUUUGGAUAUAUAGGAAUACCAUUUGCGGCACCUCCUGUGGGGUCACUAAGAUUUGCUCCUCCCAAGAGACCGCAACCAUGGACAGGGAUUCGGAAUGCCAGAAGCUACCCUCCGAUGUGCCUGCAGAAGACAGGGAACCAUUUACCUCCAUUCUCUGUGCCAGCCAGUGAGGACUGUUUGUAUCUCAGUGUCUAUACUCCAGCCCAUCCUUUGCACCAAAACAGCUCUCUACCAGUUAUGGUUUGGAUCCACGGAGGAGCCUUCAUUCUAGGGAGCGGCUCUGUUUUUCAUGGAACCGCCUUGGCUGGCUAUGGGAAUGUGGUAGUUGUGGUGAUUCAAUACAGGAUCAGUGUAGCUGGGUUCCUGAGCACAGGGGACAACAACGCACAAGGAAAUUUUGGAUUUCUGGAUCAGUUAGCAGCGUUACAAUGGGUACAGAGGAAUAUCCUACAAUUCGGAGGAAACCCGGGAUUGGUCACUCUGUUUGGAGAGUCUGUUGGAGGACUCAGUGUCUCUCUACACACUUUAUCUCCACUGUCCACUGGACUGUUCCACAAGGCAAUAUUACAAAGUGGGAGUGCUCUGAUGCCAGGAUUGGUGCCUCCAUUGCCAACCCAGCUAGCUCACGAAGCUGCCGAGAUAGCGGGAUGCGGUAACACACAAUCACAGCUGCUGCUACAGUGCCUCAGGAAUAAGACAGAAGAGGAGAUGGCCCAAAUCACCACUAGUCUGAAUGAACUCUACCAGUUAAUUCCUGCUCUUGUUGUUGAUGGACACUUCCUUCCUGAUGAUCCCCAGAAGAUGUUCCAGAAUGGAAUGUUCCAGAAAAUCCCUUACCUGAUUGGGGUGACCACGGAGGAGGCAGUAAAAAGUCUCGUACACCCAGAGAAAAUUAUUCCAUCUGACUGGGCAGCAGGGUUAACCGAAAAGCAAAUUAAGGAGAAAAUUAACACAUAUCUCACACCAAUCUUUGGUGACGAGAAUGGAGACCUCAUUUUUGACGAAUACUUUAAGGAUGUACAUGACCCUGAUGUGCUGAAAGAACGUUACCUUGACAUGUUCGGUGAUGUGUUUAUAGCUUUUCCUACCCUGAGAGCAGCCCAGUACUACAAAGAUGCUGGGAACCCUGUGUUUUUAUAUGAAUUCCAGCAUCGUGCAAGCUUCUAUGAGGCAAGAAUACCCCAAUUCAAGAGAGCGCCUCAUGGGGCUGAGCUGUCCUUUGUCCUUGGGGGACCGUUCAUUCCUACUUUUGAUAUAUUACUGGGUAACAUGACUGAAGGAGAAAAGAAUCUCAGCAAGGCAAUGAUGUCAUACUGGAGUACAUUUGCAUGGAGUGGGAAUCCCAACAGAAAUGACUUACCAGUUUGGCCAAUGAAUGGUGACUCUGAAAAAUACAUGCAGUUCAACCUGACCCUGCAACUAGGCAAAAAGUUGAAGAAGGACAAACUCAAAUUCUGGUCUAACAAACCUCCAAAAAUAGUUGCAAAAGUAUUAAUCUAA